AUGUCUCUAUGGAUAUUAUGCUUGUACAGUCAUCUGAUCCCUGAAUUGUAUGCCGUACUGCCAUUUCCACUGUUGGAUUUGAAUCUUCCUUUGAACGAUGAGGUCGAAUGCAUGGGUAAGAACAAUGAUAUUUCAAGUAAACUUGAAGAACAAAUUGGUUUAAAUCUCGUAUUUUGCAGAUUACUCGACCGAUUGUGCCGAUAAGAAAGGGUUAUGUAAAAACGAAGCUUUCAAAGAAAUAAUGUACACAAAAUGCGCAAAGACUUGUCAGGUCUGCGGAGAGAUUAUAAAAGACGACGAUCCGCUGUAUAAUGUCAAUAUCCAGGAUGCCAGACAUGUUGAUUACGGUAGGUUUGGGACUUGUUUAUCACCCAUUUCCAGAAACAAACUGGAAAUACCCACGAAUGGACACGGAUAAAUCUUAUUCGUUAGAAAACUAUGGGCACUCUGAGGAAAUCCGGAGUGAAUCCAUUGAGGCACCGAACAUUAACCAUCUCAUUCUCCGACCUCCACCUUCUCCGCCGAUUAAACAUAAGCCGAGGAAGAUUGCUGUCCAAAAACCUUGUUUCGAUGUAGCCCCUAACUGUUUCUACCUCAAAUCUUUGUGUUUUAACAAGUUUUAUCUACCAGUAAUGCAAAAUAAUUGUCGAAGGACAUGUGGAUUCUGCUCGAUGGGAUCUCCAUCAGCGGUAAGACAAAUUUAA